AUGCGGUUCACCUCCAGCUUUUACUUGAGCUUGGCGACCCUAGUCAGUUUUUCUGUUGGCUUAAUUACCAUUUCUGAAGACCAAAAUGGUUAUGGAACUGCAAAUUACUUUGACGAUAUUCGUAUCGAACCCGGAGUUACUCUUUCGUUUGAUAACAAAUAUGGUAUUUUAAUCAACACCUUCGCUGGCGAAGUUACCAACGAAGGAAGACUAUUCGUCACUGAUUCCGCUGGCAAUUUAGGAAUGUCUGUCACAUUUAUGCAAGGUAUUUACAAUGAUGGAAUAACAGUUCUCAAUGCAGUCAAGGAAUUAGCUGCUCCUAGCUUUAUCUUCUCCGGACUCUAUUUCGUGAAUAACGGAGAAAUUUAUAUGGGUGGCCAGGGAAGUGUUGGAAUUGCAGUCAUGGACAUCUCCCCUCUCUUGGUAACUACUCCUGAAAACCAUGGUACUAUAACCUUCGCGCAAACAACGAGUUCUGCCGGAGUCGCCUACUUUGGUCGGGCUGGACAAUCAGUCAUCAACGACGGUACCGUUUGCUUGUCAGAAAUGAACUUUCAACAGAGAGCCAAUGUCGAGGGUACUGGUUGCUAUUCGGUUGGAAACAAUUCUCUCAUGCUUAUGGAUUCGCCUGCAAUUUGGACACUAUCUGAAGGGCAAACAGUUUAUCUUUCGUCACCUUCAUCUCAGAUCCGAAUCGGAGCGGCGACGCCUCUCAACACCAUCAACAUUGCCGGAUGGGGUAAUGGAAAUAUGAUUGGCUUUUCAGGUGUCGUAACAAGCACCAGAAUAUCUGGUUCUACGUUGACAGUUUUUCAGCUUCUUGUUCCGUUCUAUUUCAAUAUCGGUCCAGGAUACGACAACCGGUAUGUCAACAUUGGAGGUAUGUACUCCAAAAACGGAUUCAUCGUGACGUCUUAUGUGUCAUACAACAUGCCCCCACCAGAUACCUCUCGCCCCGCUGUUUGCAAUGUUUGCCGUGGUGUUUAUGAGAUUCCUGUUGCACCUACGCCAGAAUUCAAUUUCACUACGGAUGGAAACUCAACUGCUCCACCCUCUAGUUCUGGGGUUCCGCUUAGUUCCUCAACUCAGUUGAGCUCUAGCUUUUUGUCUUCAUCAAGUGUCGAGUCUUCUUCGAGCUUGGAAUCCUCAAGUUUGAUAUCAUCAAGUUUGCAAUCCCUUAGUUCAGAAUCUUCUAGUUUUGCUUCCUAG